AUGCCGUCGGCGCAGAUGGUUGCCUUUGCUGGAUCCGUGGAGCUCUUCCAGUAUGUCGAUGAUCCCAAGCGAGCUCCUGGAGACUUCGAGAACGCUGGCCUGCUGGGCAUCCCCAACGGCUUCAUGAAGGCCCCAGCCGAUCAGAAGCAGAAGAAGCUGGCGGCUGAGAUUGCGAACGGCCGUCUUGCGAUGAUGGCCAUCAUCGGAAUGUUCUUCCAGAACGGACUCACCGGACAGGCAUGGGGAGAUUGGUCCCUGUACACCGACUCUCCUCUUCGAGCCCUCACCCCGGCCCAGGAGCUCAUUGCUGGCACCGGUGGCCCGAUGCCGGACAUGUACUGGGAUCCUGCUGGCAUCUCUGCCCGAAGCACUGAGAAGGAGAUCCUGAACUAUCGCGCUAUCGAGCUGAAGCACGGUCGUGUUGCCAUGCUGGCAGUUCUUCACUGGUUCCAUGUGGCCGCUGGAUACCACCUCCUCGGCGACUACGCGGCCGGUGAGAGAAUGUCCGACGACCCGCUGGUGAAU